GUAAAACCCCAAAAACCAAACCCCUUCUUUCUCUCUCUCUCUCUCUCUCUCUCUCUCUCAUUGUCAUUGUCAUUGUCAUUCUCAUUCAUGGCGCUCCCUCAAUUUCACUUCCUUCUUCUCCUAGCCCUAAUCUCUCUUCUCUCUAUCUCCUCCUCCUCUUCCACCACCACCAUCCACGAGCUACUCCGCUCCCACGGCCUCCCACCUGGUCUCCUCCCCAAUUCCGUCAAGUCCUACACUCUCUCCGACACAGGCCUCCUCGAGGUCUACCUCGAUCAACCCUGUUUAACCAAAUUCGAUACCAUGGCCUUCUACGACAGCGUCGUCAAAGCCAAUCUCACCUACCGGAGUCUCUCCGGCGUCCAAGGUCUCUCUCAGGAAGAGCUCUUUCUAUGGCUUCCUGUUGUCGAUAUCCUCGUCGAUGACCCCAAAUCAGGCCUCAUAUUGUUCGACAUUGGACUCGCUCACAAACAGCUCUCUCUCUCUCUGUUUGAAGAUCCACGCGAUUGUAAAUCUGAUCAAGGUAAAUUGGGUUUAGUUUUUACAUUUAUCGCCAUGAAAAUAAUUCAAAUAAUUCAAUUUUUUUUGGGGAUUUUUAGCUACGUUUGA